AAUUAAAUUCCUGGGAAAAUUCUCCCACCCUAACCUGGUCAAGUUGUUAGGUUAUUGUUGGGAGGAAAACCAAUUCCUUCUUGUGUACGAGUACAUGCAGAAGGGAAGCUUGGAAAACCAUCUGUUCAGAAAAGGUGCAGAGCCCCUUCCAUGGGAGACAAGGCUUAAAAUAGUCACUGGAGCAGCUGAGGGGCUUGCUUUCUUGCACACGCAUGAGAAGAGUGUGAUAUACAGAGACUUCAAGGCUGCUAACAUUUUGCUGGAUGGGGCAUACCAUGCAAAACUUUCCGAUUUUGGGCUGGCAAAACAGGGUCCCAUCAAUGGCCAGUCGCAUAUCAGUACCCGGCCCAUGGGAACUCAUGGCUAUGCAGCUCCAGAGUACAUUGCCACAG